AUGCAUCAAUUAUCGCUCGUUUCAAUAAUUUCAUUAUUAAUAAGUUCAACUCAAUCAUUAUUUAUUCCAACUGAUUUAAAUGAAUUUGAAACUAUAACUACUCAAACCAACCUCAAACAAUUACAAAAUCAAUACCCACAAGGUAAAAUAUUAGAUGAUAUAAAUGAUCCAAAUGAAAAAAUAUUUGUUUAUAAUAUAGAAACAUUAGGUUCUUAUACUCAUGGUAAAAAGUCUAAAGAAAGUGUUGACGAAAUUGUUAAAAAGGAAACUAUAUUGCUGGAUGAUGGGUUAAUUUAA